AUGCCAGCCAACGCACUGGUGACUCUUUGCUACGGACCUUAUGAAUCCAGUGGAGUGGUGCAACACAGAACCUUCCGCCUGCAGGGUCUCCAAGCCGCUCUGAGGGCGCGCGGGCACCGGUGCGUCCUGGAAGAAAUGCACAUCUGGAACAUGGUGGAGCUGGUGGUCAGUGGGGAGGUGGUGUUCAGGUGUAAAAUAAAGGAGCUGGAGUUUGGUGGAGAUGGGAAACUGGAUCCUGUCUGCAGGGAAGCUGUUACUGCGGUGGAGAACGCUUACUGAGGAAACAGAACCUG